AAAACCACUGGAAACAAAUAUCAAAUAUUUUGGGAUUUCUGAGAAACUAAUUACUGCCUCAAGUUUUUUAACGGUAAAUAACUAACUUUCCCUCCCUUCUUCCACAUAUAAGUAUGACUUCAAAACCAACUCACAUUUAGCAAUUGAUAUUCUAAAAAAUCCCAAAACAUUCCCGGAAGAAAAAAUAAUGUGGAAUGGAUGGAAUUAUUCAAGCAAGAUGAAGAAAUAUGUCGCCUUAGGCGUCACCGCUCUCAUUAUGGCAAUGGUCAUUUGUGUAGAGGCCAACGAUGGCAGCAGCCCGAGUAGAAAAACGGAAGAGAUUCACCGUGAAAGCAAGCUGAUGAUAACAAAGACGGCGGUGACUAUUAUAUGUUCCUCCACCGAUUACAAACAAGAUUGCACCACGAGUCUCGCAACAGUGAGGUCGCCGGAUCCCCGAAAUCUAAUAAGAUCUGCUUUCGAUCUCGCUAUCGUCUCGAUUAGAAGUGGAAUUGACAGGGGGAUGAUUGAUCUAAAAAGUAGAGCGGAUGCGGAUGUGCACACAAGGAACGCGCUGAAUACUUGUCGAGAGCUUAUGGAUGAUGCAAUUGAUGAUCUUCGAAAAACGAGAGAUAAAUUUAGGGGAUUUUUGUUUACUAGAUUGUCAGACUUUGUUGAGGAUCUUUGUGUGUGGCUCAGUGGAUCAAUCACAUACCAACAGACGUGCAUCGACGGAUUUGAAGGGAUCGAUAGCGAAGCGGCCAUGAUGAUGGAGAGAGUCAUGAGGAAGGGGCAGCGUCUCACUAGCAAUGGAUUAGCGAUUGCCGCAAAUCUCGAUAAGUUAUUGAAGGCUUUCCGUAUUCCAUUUCCAUUUCUCAGGUCAAGAAGAGACAGACUCGGCAUUUUAGGUUCGGGUUCUUCACGAGACCAAUCGUUGGGUUCUUCCCAAGAUCCCCCUCCAAAUGAUCGACAUUUAUCGGAGGAAGGAGAGUUCCCGCCAUGGGUAACACGGCAUUCGCGGAGGCUUCUUGCACGUGGACCUAGAAAUAAUGGAAUCAGAGCGGAUGUUGUGGUUGCAAAAGACGGCAGUGGUAAGUGCAAGACUAUCGCACAAGCAUUGGCAAUGGUACCAAUGAAGAACACAAAAAAGUUUGUAAUUCACAUAAAGCAAGGUGUUUACAAGGAGAAAGUAGAGGUAACCAAAAAAAUGCUUCACGUUAUGUUCGUUGGAGACGGACCAACAAAGACGAUUAUCACUGGAGACAUUGCAUUCUUACCAAACCAAGUCGGCACCUAUCGCACUGCCUCCGUUGCGGUGAAUGGGGACUAUUUCAUGGCAAAGGACAUAGGGUUCGAGAACACGGCAGGAGCCGCACGCCAUCAAGCAGUCGCACUACGAGUUUCAGCCGAUUUUGCUGUGUUCUUCAACUGUCAUAUGAAUGGUUACCAAGACACGCUUUACGUCCACACUCAUCGUCAAUUCUACCGUAACUGCCGCGUCUCAGGCACCAUUGAUUUCGUCUUCGGUGAUGCCAAGGCCGUUUUUCAGAACUGCGAAUUUGUUAUCCGCCGUCCCAUGGAACACCAACAGUGCAUCGUCACAGCACAAGGACGAAAAGACCGGCGUGAGACAACUGGGAUUGUUAUCCACAAUAGCCGUAUAACCGGUGAUGCAUCAUAUCUUCCCGUCAAAGCCAAGAACAGAGCAUUUUUGGGACGGCCAUGGAAAGAGUUUUCGAGAACAAUCAUAAUGAACACAGAGAUUGAUGAUGUGAUAGACCCAGAAGGUUGGUUAAAGUGGAACGAGACGUUCGCGCUCAACACGUUGUUCUACACUGAGUACCGCAAUAGAGGUCGUGGUUCGGGUCAGGGUCGUCGGGUUAGGUGGAGAGGUAUCAAGCGGAUCUCUGAUAGAGUCGCAAGGGAGUUUGCUCCAGGGAAUUUCCUACGUGGCAACACGUGGAUACCACAGACGCGUAUACCUUACAAUGCUAACUGAUCAUAUACUUGUCUCUCUAUCGUCCAAGGUGUUUGUAUUUAACUGUGUAUAUAAAUCCGGAGGGAAGAA